UGGAGACAUCUUUUCAAUUUCAAUUUUUGGAGGAAAAAGGAUGUAUGAAGAAAUUGUGAAAGGAACGAAUGAUUUUCAUUCUGAUUAUUGCAUUGCGAUGGGUGGUCAAGGAAGUGUUUAUAAAGCUGAACUAUCAGGGAAAACUGUAGCAGUUAAGAAAUUUCACUCUCUGUCUACCGAUUAUAUAGCAAAUCAAAAAGAGUUCUUAAGCGAAAUACAAGCAUUAACAGUGAUAAGGCAUCAAAAUAUCGUGAAAUUUUUUGGCUUUUGUUCACAUUCUCGACACUCAUUCUUAGUCUACAUGUAUCUUGAAGGGGGUAGCUUAGCCUCAAUCCUGAACAAUGAAAAUGCAACAAUGGAACUAGAUUGGAGUAAGAGAGUGAAUGUCAUCAAAGGUGUAGCUCAUGCCUUGUCUUACCUGCACCACGAUUGUUACCCACCAAUCGUUCAUCGAGACAUAUCAAGCAAGAAUAUACUACUGGAUUUGGAAUAUGAAGCUCAUGUGUCGGACUUUGGAACAGCUAAGCUUCUUAACCCAGACUCGUCCAAUUGGACCGAACUUGCUGGCACAUACGGAUAUGUUGCCCCAGAGCUUGCUUACACAAUGAAGGUAACAGAGAAAUGCGAUGUCUAUAGCUUCGGUGUGUUGGCAAUGGAAGUAAUCCAAGGGAAGCAUCCAAGAGAUUUUCUCUCUCUAAUUUCAGGUUCAUCUGCCAACAUGAACAUAGAGCUUGGAGAUAUGUUGGAUCCAAGGCUUCCGUUUCCCUCCCUGGAAGUUCAGAACAAACUGAUUUCCAUAAAGGAGGUGGCCCUUUUAUGCUUAGAUGUAAAUCCAGAGUCUAGACCCACCAUGCAUAUUGUGGCUCAAUUACUGUAGAACUAAAUCAAUUCAUUUCUCAAGUCAUCACACUAAAUUACUUUCUAGAAAAUGAAGCCAGUUAUAU